AUGUACGAUGCGAGUUACGAGCUCAAGUAUACCGUGACUUCGGAGGGGCUGCACAACUUGGCGGACAUGCAUGAUUUUGUCACCACGCCCAACGGGACUGCGCUUCUUGUUACGUACGAACAGGUGUCCCCGUGGGAUACGACGUCGGUGGGCGGGAAGCCCGAUGACGAGAUUAUGGAUGCGGUGAUUCAGGAGCGCGAUAUUGCUACGGGUGAUGUGCUGUUCACCUGGCGCCUCUCUGACCACUAUGCCAUCAACGAGACUAUGGUAACGUAUGCGGAUUAUGGGAUGCGACCAGGCGGUGGGGGGUUUGAUUUCGGCCAUGUUAACGCUGUGUCAAAGACAGCAGAAGGCAACUACCUCGCCUCCUUCCGCCACCUCUGCGCCAUCCUCCUCGUCGGCCCAGACGGCAACAUCCUCUGGUCCCUCGGCGGCCGCCGCGCGACCGACUUCUGCUACCAGCACGACGCGCGGUUUGUGAACCCACCGCGCACCGAGAUCACGCUGUUCGAUAACGCGCAUAUGUCUACGGCGAUAAACCGCACCCUUGACCGCGAUUGCAGUCGGGGCUUACAUCUGCGGCUUGACUACGAGGAAAUGACGGCUGAGGUCUUGAGAGAGUACUAUCAUCCGAGCCGCGUUGUGGCUGCGGCGAUGGGUGGGGUGCAGACGCUCGGGAACGGGAAUAAGCUUAUCGCGUGGGGGUUCCAGCCAUCGAUUACGGAGCACACGGCGGAGGGGAGGGUGGUGAUGAGUUUGCAGUUGGGGCCGUUGGUGAAUGAUGGUCAAGGGAAGGGUGGGGGUAAGGGGCCGCAGGUGUACCGCGCGAAGAAGGUGAAGUGGGUGGGCAGGCCGGGGUGGGGGCCGAGUAUUGCGGGAUAUCCGAGGGGAAGCGAGAGGGGUGUGUAUUUGAGUUGGAAUGGGGCGACGGAGGUGGCGGGGUGGGCGGUGCGCCUUGUGCGCGCCGGCUUCGAAACCUUUGCCCCGCUAGAGGCCUCGCCACGCUACGUGCGCGCCGCCGCCGUUGAUAAGGAGGGGAAUAUUCUGGGGUCGACGGACGCAGUGGAUAUGGAUACCGGGGAGGUGGUACGGGUUAAUGGGACGGUUACGCAGGUUGUGGAUCCGGGGGAUGUGAAUGAAAAUGAUAUGGCGACGGGUAAGGGUGGAGCGGAGGGGGCGGAAGGGGAUAUGGAGGGGGCUGCGACGGGGAGGCUGGGGAGUAAGGCUGGGGGUGAGGUUUGGAUGGUGGUUGCGGGGCUGUCUUUCUUAGUUUGUUUGAGGAUUUUAUGA